AUGCUAAACGUAUAUUCCGACGAUGAAUCAACAACUUCGUCAAAUGCUCAUCGUUCAGUCUCAUCUAGCGAAACGUCACCAGUGAAACAAACCUCAUACCCGAACUUAGAUGCAAUUCAGAAAGAGGAAUGUAUGCUAGUAGGGCAUAUGUCAUGGAACCAUUAUAACAGAGAAUACAAAAGUGCUCCUAUUAAAGAUGAAAGGGUAUUAAUUGAUAAUGAGCCUGUUUUUCCUCAAAGCCACCUUCUGUACCCGCAAAUCAACGAAGCUGUUCAACAACUAAAACAGACAGGACCUAUUAAUUAUGGAGUUGCAAAUGUUAUAAGAGAUGGACAUUGGAAUUUAGCAACUAAUCCAGAUUUUUCUCUCUUACCUCCAACAUCUUAUAACAAAAUCGACCCUCCACAUUAUUGGACACCUCCUCCUACUUAUGGCAACUCGACUUUGAAUUCAGAUGAAAGCGAUAGUAUUAUUCGAAUGAGUGUAGAAGAAGAAUCUAAUCCAUUAUUGAAAGGUCUGAACAGAUGCCAUUCAUGUAGACGACGCUUUACUGCCAGAAAGAAGACUAAUUAUUGGGCUGUAAUAUUUUUACUAAUUGUUGCGUUUUGCAUGUUAUUAUCGCUUUUCCCUUGGGGAAUCCUUAGUUUAGUUGUUUUAGCCUGUAUUCCUAGUCAAUUUAAUAAGCCUACUUGUAAAAAAUGCCAACGGAAAUGUUGUUAA